AUGGGAAUCUCUAGUAAAUUCUUGUACCUGGCUCUUUUUGUCUUGAGCAUUGCUAGUGCUUUGAAUGGCAUUGAUUAUGGAGGUGAUAUGGGUGAUGAAAGCAACUAUGGUGGCCGAAGUGGAUGGAAGUCUGACGACGAUGAUAACAGUGAUAAUUGCUAUAAAAAUUGGCGAAGUUGUGGAAGCUUUUUCGGGAAUGGUAGAGAUUUUAGCACCCAAGGUAAAGGGGGUAGUCAUGGUAGUGGUGGUGGAGGAGGAGGAGGAGGAGGUGGAGGUGGUGGAAGUCAUGGAGAUGAAGGAGGUGGACAUGGAGAAGGGUAUGGGGCUGGAGCAGGUGGUGGUGAUGCUAGUGUAGGAGGAGGAGGUGGUGGCGGAGAUGGUGGAGGUGGUGGAGAUGCAAGUGGUGGGUUUGGUCAUGGUAAAGGUUAUGGAUUUGGGGCUGGUGUUGGUGAAAAUGGUGAUGCCGGUGGAGGAGGAGGAGGAGGAGGAGAGGGUGGCGGUGGAGGAAAAGGGGCCAGUGGAGGAUUUGGUCAUGGAAGUGGAUAUGGUGCUGGAGAGGGUAUUGGAGGUGGAGGUAAUGCAAGUGGUGAUGUUGGUGGUGGUGGUGGAGGGGGAGGAGGUGGUGGUGGGGGAGGAGAGGCAAGAGGUUCAAGCCAAGGGUAUGGUCAUGGAAGUGGUUUUGGAGUAGGUGGUGGUGUAGGAGAAGGGGAAGUAGGUGGAGGUGGCGGUGGCGGUGGGGGUGGUGGUUCUAGUGGUGGGUAUGGUCAUGGUAGUGGCUUUGGAGCAGGUGGUGGUGUAAGUAGCAAUAGAGGUGGAGGUGGUGGUGGCGGUGCGGGUGGUGGUGGAGGUGGUGGGAGUGGUUCUAGUGGUGGGUAUGGUCAUGGUAGUGGCUUUGGAGCAGGUAGUGGCUUUGGAGUUGGUGGGGGCAAAGGAGAGCCUACAGGACAGGGACAAGGUGGUUACAAGGGUCAUAAUAGCAACAAUGGCGUUAGCAUGGGAUUUGGAUUUGGCAUUGGCUUUGGGUUUGGUAUAGGAAAUGUUGAAGAUAAUGAUUCAAACGAUAGUGAUAAUGGUAAUCCUUAA